AUGUCAGAAACAAUUCAAUCAUCAUCUGAUACUCAUCCACCGGAAUCUCUGUCUCAAUUACGUGUUAAAAUUUGUUCUGUACGUUUACCAUCAUCAAUUAAACUAGUUGAUAUAUGUGUUAUUAUGGAAACUGAUAAUAAAUAUCCAUAUCGUACUGAAAUAAUUCAUAAAAAAAGAAAAUCUAACAUACCAACCAACUCAGUUAUAUUAAUUAAUGAAUAUUUCAAUACACUUGUUACAUUGAAUUCAAAGAUAAAUUUUAGAAUUUAUGCUCCUACACGUCGUUUCGGUAAUACUAAUAUAGGACAAAUAGAUGUCAAUUUAAAAUCCAUUAUUGAUGAUUAUUAUUUGAAUGAAGAAAACAAUAAUACUGAUACAUCCCCAUCUCAUCAUGUUCAAUUAAAAUUUCAAAAUUCUACAUCAUCUUCCAGCUCGUCUAGAUUAAAUGAUUCCAAUGAUCCUUCAACAGGUAUAAUUGAUGUCAUUUUUUAUGGUUCAAUACUUAAACAACAACAACAACAACAACAACAGAAUGGAACAGUACAAACAUCAUCUGAAUUAGAUCAAAAUGCAAACUCUCAGAAUGAAACAUCAAAUCAACAAUCUACAUCGAAUCCACAAGUCAUACAGUCAAGACAACAUUUGCCAACGAAUCAAAUAAAUGGAGCUACAGCAUUAGCAGUAACCCCCAUUGAAAUAGCAAGUUCACCAGUCAGUGAAGCGCUAUUAGCUCAACUUAAACAGCAGUUACCGACUGGGUGGGAAAUUCGAACAGAUACUCAAGGUCGUCCUUAUUAUGUUGAUCAUAAUCGUCGUCGCACAACAUGGCUACUCGAUCAAACUAUAUUACCACCUGGAUGGGAAGAACGCGUUGACGGUCGUGGGCGUGUCUAUUUUGUUGAUCAUAAUACUCGCACAACAACAUGGAUACGUCCAACUGCUAUGCAUCUAUCAAAUGUGGCGCAAUGGCAAAAUCAAUAUGCAAGAAGUCAUUCAAUGUUCAAUCAAUUUGAACAUAGAUUUUUACCACAAACAGAAAAUAAUACUCCAAUAAAUGAUUCGAAUGAAGAACCGUUACCUGAAGGUUGGCAGCGCAUGUUUGAUAAUCAAGGUCGAUCUUAUUUUGUAAAUCAUCUAUCAAAAACAACUCAAUGGGAAGAUCCACGGCAAAUGAGCAGUAGUAUAUUUGAUGUUCCAUUACCGGAUGGUUUUGAAAUGUGUUGUACAAAAGAAGGCCAAAUCUAUUUUCUUGAUCAUAAUAAAAAUACAAAAACGUUACAAGAUCCAAGACUUGAAUGUAAUGUUGCGAAUAUUAAAUGUAAACGUAGUUUACCAUAUAAAAUUCGACAAUUUCGUUAUUUAUGUUCAACAAAUGCCACAAAUGGGCAAUUGAAAUUAACAAUACGUCGAGAUCGUUUAUUCAAUGAUUCAUUUAAUCAUAUCGUACAUUUUCAAUCAAGUGAACUUCGUCGACGUUUAUAUCUUUCAUUUAAACAUGAAGAAGCACUUGACUAUGGCGGAGUUGCGCGUGAAUGGUUUUUCCGUUUAUCGCACGAAGUACUUAAUCCAAUGUAUUGUCUAUUUGAAUAUGCUAAUAAAAAUAAUUACUAUUUACAAAUCAAUCCAGCAUCGUCGAUCAAUCCUGACCAUUUAAUUUAUUUUGGAUUUAUUGGUCGUUUUGUUGCAAUGGCGUUAUAUCAUGAAAAAUUUAUUGAUAACGGUUUUGGUUUACCAUUUUAUAGACGUAUGCUUGGCAAAACAUUAACUAUAAAUGAUUUACAAUCGUUAGAUCCAGAAUUUUAUAAUAGCUUACUAUGGAUAAAAGAUAAUAAUCUAGAUGAAAAUGAUGAUCUUGAAUUAUAUUUUAAUACAACAUUUGAAUUACUUGGCAAAAUAGAAAAUGUUGAAUUAAAACCUGGUGGUAACGAUAUUAAAUUAACGGAAGCUAAUAAAGUCGAAUAUUUAGAAUUAAUAACACAAUGGAGAUUUACACGAGGAGUUGAAGAACAAACAAAAGCCUUUUUACAUGGAUUUAACGAGGUUGUACCAUUGCAAUGGAUUCAAAUGUUUGAUGAACGUGAAUUAGAGUUAUUGCUAUGUGGUAUAUCGAAAAUUGAUGUUGUUGAUUGGGAACGUAACACAAUAUAUAAACAUUAUACUCAAAGUACAAAACAAAUUCAAUGGUUUUGGCAAUUCGUACGUGAAAUAACCGAUGAACAACGCGCGCGUUUACUCCAAUUUGUGACGGGUACAUGUCGUGUACCGAUCGGUGGUUUUUCUGAAUUACUUGGAUCAAACGGGCCACAAAAAUUUUGUAUAGAAAAAUAUGGCAAAGAUAAUAUAUUACCACGAUCGCAUACAUGUUUUAAUCGAUUAGAUUUACCGCCGUAUAAAAAAUAUGAAAUUUUAAAAGAAAAACUUUUAUUUGCUAUUGAAGAGUGCGAAGGUUUCGGUCAAGAAUAA